AUGGCGGUGGCCACGUACCGGACGUCUACCGCUGCCCUGCUCACUGUCUUGCGGCAACAUCCAGCCCAGGCCCCCAGCACGUCCCCGACCCUGGUCACACUCGCCGCCACGGCUCUCCUCUCCGACAGCCACUUGAACCCGCGAGCACGGAGGAUGGAACGUGGACAAAGCUGGGAUGAAGAUGUGGAACCUGAUUCAAAUAUUGAAACGUCAGCAACGAACACAGGUCCAAAAGGGGUAAUAAAUGAUUGGAGGAAGUUUAAGCUGGAGAGUGAAGACCAUGAAACCACUCCUUCAAACAAAAGACAACUCCUUAGACAACUGUCAUCACCAUAUCGAUCUCUCAGUAAGGGCAAAGACACAAGAGAGAAAUUAAGUCGGAAGAUGAGUGUGCAGGAAUAUGAAAUGAUCCAGGGCAAAGAAGACGAGACCUGUCUUCGUAAAUACCGUCAGCAGUGUAUGCAGGAGAUGCACCAGCAGCUGAGCUUCGGGCCUCAUUUCGGAAUGGUCUAUGACCUGGAGAAUGGCGAUCAGUUUUUGGAAGUGAUUGAAAAAGAGUUGAAAAAAACAACUGUGAUGGUGAACAUUUAUGAAGAUGGAGUGAAGGGCUGUGAUUCUAUGAUUAAUUCCCUAACAUGCCUUGCUUUGGAAUACCCUUUGGUCAAGUUCUGUAAAAUAAAGGCUUCUAAGACUGGGGCUAGUGACCGCUUCUCUGACCACAUUCUCCCAGUGUUACUCGUGUACAAGGCAGGCGAGCUGAUCGGCAACUUCAUACACAUCACCGAGCAGCUGGGUGAAGAAUUCUUUGCGGUGGAUGUUGAAUCCUUUCUAAAUGAAUAUGGGCUUUUGCCAGAAAGGGAAUUCACUGCAUGCAAAAAUGCCAGUGAUUGUAGUGAUGUUGAUAUUGAGUAA